CUUUGCUGGAAUCUUAGUGCACAUUUCUGGUAAAUUCUUUUCCAAGACACAGUUUCUGUAGCAUAUAUUUCAUAUUUGUUUGAUCUUGUUAUCAGACUAGGUGAAGAGGUGGGAGGUCUCUUCCUGCAGGCUUCCCCCUGUGCCGGGAUGGGAGCGGGUUUGGCCGGAGCCAGAGAUUCGGGCUAUGAUUCCCUGCAUCGGCGGCUCAGUGUUCUGGACAGACUUGUGCAAACGCAUGCUGUGUGGCUCCAGCUGGGCCUCAGCCACCAGGAUGCCAUACAUAUACUACAGAGCCAACCCACUGGGACAUUUGUGGUGAGGAAGUCAACUAGCUUGCAGAGGAAAGUAAUAUCUCUACGCAUGGACAAAGAAUCUGCAGUUCCUGUGAAAGACUUCCCUGUCAAGGAGAGCCAGUACACUUUCUCUUUGGUGGGAUCAGGCCUGAGCUUUGCAGACCUUUUCCGUCUGGUGGCUUUCUGCUGCAUCAGCAGGUGAGUUCCU